UAUGGAAACAUCAGUUAAUCGCGCCAUCAAAAAAGGAUUGUUCAAGCAAGUGCGAUAUCUUAUUGAAUUUGGUGUGAACGUUAACGAAAGGGAUGAAAGCGGACGAACUCCUCUCAUAAAUCUAGCAUUUGUGGCAGAUAACUCUUGGGCAGUUGGAUUAGCUCGUAAUUUACUAGAAAAAAAUGCUUCAAUUAGAAUGGCUGACGUUCGUGGAAUGAACGCUUUUCAUUACGCUUGCUUAUUUAAAAAAUUAUGUCUUAUUGAGAUUUAUUUAAAAGCUCAAGACUUUGAUGUUAAUCAGGCUGAUAAGCAAGGAAAUACAGCCUUACACUAUGCUGCUUGUAUUGGUGACAGGUCCUUGUUAAUGAUUCUUGUCAAUAACAUGAACAAAUACAGCUUAAACAUGAACAGACCAAACUUAGAGGGCUGUACCCCCGUUAGCCAAGCAUUAAAGUAUGAAAAUUUUGAGAGCGCAAAUUUUCUGCUAGAGAGAGGUGCCAGUGAAUCAGUCAUUGAAAGCAAAGACAAAUCAGUGCCAGAAUGGAAGAAAGUCUAUGUAGAUUCAAGGUCAGUUGAUAGGUCUUCAGUCGUAAAAGAAAAUUAUAAAAAAAGGGAGAUGGAGAACGUCCAUAAGAAUAACAUUAAAUCUGCACGACAAGAUCAUUAUUCUUCAAGGCGAAUUAAAUCAGCACCUGGUACAAGAAGAAAUGAUACUGUUGAACAGGAAGCUAUAAGUGCAUUAGAAUAUUUGAAAGACAAGCGGAUAGAAAAUGCCGGUUCUUCUGCUCUAAGAAAUAACCCCUACAAAGUGUUCGAAUUGACAGGCAUUAAGGGCGACCAAGAUCUACCGUUCAAACUUCAACCUCAUCGAAUUCAAUCGGCUAGAACUUCAAUAUCAAGUUCUUGGCGCUCAAAUUAUAGAAAAUUAUUGACUGGUUUCGAUUAUCAAUUUAGUAGGUCUUAUGUAGCUUUUGUGAAAUAUCCCGAAGAAGAUUGGAAUUUGGAUGAAGAAGGUAUUAGAAAUUUUGCCUCACGCAGACCAUCCGCUACACCAAACCAGAUUUUGGCGGAACCUGUAAUACGCAAAAAAGGCAAAGACUUAAGAAGAAAAAGUGUAGUUUUAAAAGUAGAAGCAAUUACUUCCUUCCAAGAAAAGAUUGAUCGAAACAACGAAAAAAGAAAAAGUAUAAAAAAUUCUAAGGAAGACUCUUCUGAAACAAGUUCCGAUAAAAGAAAUUCCGCUGGAAAAAGUAAAAAUGUUGAAGCAAGCCCUAGAGCGAGAAAAGUUUCCAUGGAAUCUAAUGAAAAACUAAACCCAAUAGCGGAAUGA